UCCCUACCAAAGACAAGCCGAAGGCUCACGAAGGGUCACUAGAUGGGAGCCCACACUUGGAACUUGUUUCUUAGGAAGCACACUCAGCAUUCCUGAUACCAGGCUGGAUAACAGCCACCUCUUCCAGGGUCCUGUUUCUUUUGGGAGAACCAUGGCUCCAAAACGAAAGUCUUCCGUGCAGACCAAGGGCUCCAAGAAGCAGCGACAGGGGACAGGGGAGGAGGACAGCUUCCGGUCCACUGCUGAGGCUCUCAGAGCAGCUCCUGCUGACAAUUGCAUCAUCCACGUGGACCCCUCAUGUCCACUCAGCAGGAACCCUGGAAUUCAGGUCCAUGAGGACUAUGACUGUACCCUGAACCAGACCAACAUCGGCAACAACAAUAAUAAGUUCUACAUCAUCCAGCUGCUGGAGGAGGGCAGUCGCUUCUUCUGCUGGAAUCGCUGGGGCCGAGUGGGAGAAGUGGGCCAGAGCAAGAUGAAUCACUUCAACUGCCUGGAAGAUGCAAAGAAGGACUUUAAGAAGAAAUUUUGGGAGAAGACUAAAAACAAAUGGGAGGAGAGGAACCAGUUUGUGGUCCAUCCCAACAAAUACACGCUUAUAGAAGUUCAGGGAGAAGCAGAGAGCCAAGAGGCUGUAGUGAAGGUGGAUGGCGGCCCAGUGAGGACUGUGGUUAAGCCCUGCUCCCUAGACCCUGCCACCCAGAAGCUCAUCACCAACAUCUUCAGCAAAGAGAUGUUCAAGAAUGCAAUGACCCUCAUGGACCUGGAUGUGAAGAAGAUGCCCUUGGGAAAGCUGAGCAAGCAGCAGAUUGCUCGUGGCUUCGAGGCCUUGGAAGCUCUGGAAGCGGCCAUGAAAAACCCCACAGGAGAUGGCCGGAGCCUAGAAGAGCUCUCCUCCUGCUUCUACACUGUUAUCCCACACAACUUUGGCCGCAGCCGACCCCCACCCAUCAACUCCCCUGAAGUGCUUCAGGCCAAGAAGGACAUGCUUCUGGUGCUAGCGGACAUCGAGUUGGCCCAGACCUUGCAGGCAGCCCCUGAUGAGGAGGAGACAGUGGAAGAGGUGCCACACCCACUGGACCGAGACUACCAGCUCCUCAGGUGCCAGCUGCAACUGCUGGGCUCUGGGGAGUCCGAGUACAAGGCAAUACAGACCUACCUGGAGCAGACUGGCAACAACUACAGAUGCCCAGACCUGCAGCAUGUUUGGAAAGUAAACCGAGAAGGGGAGGGAGACAGGUACCAGGCCCACUCCAAACUGGGCAAUCGGAGGCUGCUGUGGCAUGGCACCAAUGUGGCCGUGGUGGCUGCCAUCCUCACCAGUGGGCUCCGAAUCAUGCCCCAUUCAGGUGGUCGUGUUGGCAAGGGUAUCUAUUUUGCCUCAGAGAACAGCAAGUCAGCUGGUUAUGUUACUACCAUGCGCUGUGGGGGCCACCAGGUGGGCUACAUGUUCCUGGGCGAGGUGGCCCUCGGCAAAGAGUACCACAUCACCACCGAUGAUCCCAGCUUGAAGAGUCCACCAUCUGGCUUUGACAGUGUCAUUGCCCGAGGCCAAACAGAGCCUGAUCCCGCCCAGGACAUUGAACUGGAGUUGGAUGGGCAGCCGGUGGUGGUGCCUCAAGGCCGCCCUGUAGCAUGCCCAUCAUUCAGAAGCUCCAGCUUCAGCCAGAGUGAGUACCUCAUAUACAAGGAGAGCCAGUGUCGCCUGCGCUACCUGCUGGAGAUUCACCUCUGAGCUGCUUGCCCUGCCCAGGUCCUGCCAGGCUGGGCCAUGAUCUUCACCCUCUUCUCUCUGGCUCUUGGAUCACAUUGUCUGCCUCCCAAGAAUUUAACACAUGCCAGGCACACUGGCACACACCCGUAGCCUCAGCUACUCGGGGCAGAGGCAAGAAAAACACUUUACCCUGGAAUCUGGACUCUAGCCUAGGCUACAUAGUAAGACAUGUCUCAAAAAAAAUUACAAUCCUAGGGCUGGUGAGAUGGCUCAGCGGCUAAGAGCACUGACUGCUCUUCUAGAGGUCAUGAGUUCAAAUCCCAGCAACCACAUGGUGGCUCACAACCAUCUGCAAUGAGAUCUGAUGUCCUCAUAUGGGUGUCUGAAGACAGCCACAGUGUACUUACAUAUAAUAAAUAAAUCUUAAAAAAAAUUACAAUCCUGAGUCAAAGCCAAAUAACAAUGUUUUGAAGGAGGCCAUGUACUUGGGAGUACUUCGGAGGGUGAGACAGGAGAAUCACUGUGAGUUCAAGGUCAGCCUGGGUAAAAUAGUUCCAGGCUAGCCUGAGCUAUAAAUGGUGACGCUGCCUCAAAAAUAUAGAAGCCAAUGUUCCAGUCAAUGAUGGACUACAAUACUAAGAUUAUAUCACCUAAUGACACCAUUGCAUUCUCCGUCAUUGUGAACAGAAUCUAUACACAAUGACAAAAUAACUCAGUGGCAUGUUCAUGAGAACAUUAUCACCAUCACGAGGUGGAAAACGACUUUAUGUUGUCAUCUAUAGUCACCGCUGUGCAAUAGAUUCUUAAACGAA